AUUGCCUGACUGGGCCCAAUACUGACGAAACUCAGAACUUUUCAAAAAGCAACACAAAAUGGAAACCAUUGGUGAGAUCAUCCCAUUUGCUAAGGAGAUGCUGAACCAGAAGCCUAACCGGAGUAUGCUGAAGAUCUACAUGCUUGGCUCCACUCUGGCCGUGCUCGGAGUGGUUGGUGGACUGCUGGAAACGGUUCUCCUGCCCUUUGUGGAGAAUGACGAUGCCGAGGACACACCAGUAGAGGUGGUGAUGGUGGAGAAGAAGGAGAAGAAGCAGGUGUUGAAGUCGCACACUACCGUGAUUCGCUCUGAUGCUGUGGAGGUGCCGGAGACAGUAGGGAUGGAGGCGAAGGCCAAACAUCUGGUGAAUGCUGGGAGGAGAGGCUCAGCCUACCGUGUACAUGCCUCUUAAAGAAACCCUCAUCUCUUGAUGCAAAAGGACACUGAAUUCACAACAUUGACCGCAACGGUGGUAAAUUAAAUUGCAAUGUUGAACUGG